AUGUUGUCGAGAGCUUGCUUGAGAGGCUUCGGCCUGCAGUCACUUCCAAAGGCACAAGCUUACCAGCUAGGUCGCAGAAGUGUUACGACCGACGCCGCAAGCUCUCACGCCGAGAAAGAAGAUGUCCCCGAUGAGGAUGACAAGCCUUUCCAAGUCAAGCUCUCCGACGAGAGUUUCGAGACUUACAACCUCGACCCUCCCCCCUACACGCUCGAUACCACCAAGAAGGAGUUGAAACAGAUGUACUAUGACAUGGUCUCUGUCCGUCGUAUGGAAAUGGCCGCCGACAGAUUAUACAAGGAGAAGAAAAUUCGAGGCUUCUGCCAUUUGUCUACCGGUCAAGAAGCCGUUGCGGUCGGUAUCGAACACGCCCUCACUAAAGAAGACGCCAUCAUUACGGCUUAUAGAUGUCACGGUUUUGCCCUGAUGCGUGGUGGAACAGUCAAAUCCAUCAUUGGUGAGCUGCUCGGCCGACGAGAGGGUAUUGCAUAUGGAAAAGGUGGCUCCAUGCACAUGUUCUCUACUGGUUUCUAUGGAGGCAACGGCAUCGUUGGAGCUCAAGUUCCUGUGGGUGCUGGUAUCGCCUUUGCCCAUCAAUACACCGGCAGCAAGACUACUACGCUCAGUCUGUAUGGUGAUGGUGCAUCCAACCAGGGUCAGGUCUUUGAGGCUUUCAACAUGGCCAAGCUGUGGGGUCUGCCUAUCAUCUUCGGUUGUGAGAACAACAAGUAUGGCAUGGGUACAUCCGCUGCUCGAUCGUCUGCCUUGACCGAAUACUACAAGCGAGGACAAUACAUUCCUGGUCUCAAGAUCAAUGCCAUGGACGUCCUCGCUGUAAAAGCUGCUGUGCAGUACGGCAGAGAAUACACCACCAACGACAAUGGACCACUAGUCUUCGAGUACGUUACUUACAGAUAUGGCGGUCACUCCAUGUCUGACCCCGGUACGACAUACCGAACCCGAGAAGAAAUCCAACGUAUGCGCUCGACCAACGACCCCAUCGCAGGCCUUAAGCAGAAGAUCCUCGACUGGGGUGUGUGCAGCGAAGAUGAAUUGAAGCAGAUGGACAAGCGCGCCAGAGAGGAUGUCGACGCAGAGGUCGCAGAAGCCGAGAAGAUGGCACCCCCUGAGCCAACCCCCAAGAUUCUGUUCGAGGAUAUCUACGUCCGUGGCAGCGAGCCUGCUUACCUCCGUGGCCGAACACCGGAUGAGACUCACUACUAUUAA